AUGAUUGAGCGAGCCGGAAACAAUCCAGGCAUUACGCUGAAGCUGUGCAUGGCCAUCUUUCACGGUGAGGAAAUACCAGAAGACAUCGGCGAAACCGACGAAGAAUUUGUGGAGAUGAGGAAGACCCUCCUGCGCAAUAACCUGCCGGCGAGCACCUCCGCCGUUCUACGCAGUCGUCGCGAGAUCGUGCAGCACGCCAAGGCUGCUUCAUACAUCAUCAAUCAGCUUUACAUUCGCGGCCAAGACUUGAGCGAGGACAUAAUCCUCCAGACCCAUGGAAUUCUAACCCACAAAGUCGAUGCCAAAAAUGUCCCCUGGCAAGAGUACAGUGGUAUCUAUCGGAAGGAUGAAUCAGACCUGCAAGAGGUCAUCAGGAAAAGCACCAUUGACCCAAUUGCCAUCGCCACCAAGUACACCCACAUUUUCGUCAACAUCCAUCCUUUCAUAGACGGCAAUGGACGCAUGUGUCAUCUGAUCCUCAACUCCAUGCUCCUCAAACUGGGAAGCUUUCUUGUGGGCAUCGGUGCCCUGGAACAAAUGUACGAGGAUCGGUAUGAGGAGGAGAAGCCAGUUAUGCAUGCGGAAUUGGGAAGUUUCGUUAUGGCACAUGUUAGGAAAAGCAUGCGCAAGCUGUUGGAUGACUUCUGGGAUUUUCUUAGCUGA